AUGGAGCCAUGGCUCUGCCUCCUAAGGCAGAGAGCCUGCCCAUUGGUCACGCCUCCUGAAGGCCAGGUUCCGCCUCCUGAGGCGGGUAGCCCAUCUCCUGAGCACCUGGCCACGCCCCCCGGAGCUCCGACCGCGCCUCCCGAGGCGGAGAGCCCGCCCACUGAGGACAUGGCCAAGCCCCCAGAAUGUCCGGCCCCGCCUCCUAAGGCAGAGAGCCUGCCCAUUGAGGACCUGGUCACGCCCCUGAAGGCCAGGCUCCGCCUCCUGAGGCGGGGUCCACCCCGGAGCCCCCAGCUGGUGCAGGCCACCUCCUCGCAGGGGUGGGCCCGGAGGAGCCCCUACGGCCGGGGGCUCCAAGGUCACCUGGACGCCCACCCCUGUGUCAGCAUGGCAGACCAGAGCCGGGAUGCGGCAGGGGAAGCGCGCCCCGCGCCCGCCCCGGUGCGACGCCGCUCCUCCGCCAACUACCGCGCCUACGCCACGGAGCCACACGCCAAGAAAAAGUCUAAGAUCUCCGCCUCAAGGAAACUGCAGCUGAAGACCCUGAUGCUGCAGAGUGCCAAGCAGGAGCUGGAGCGGGAGGCGGAGGAGCGGCGCGGAGAGAAGCGGCGCGCUCUGAGCACCCGGUGCCAGCCCUUGGAGCUGGCGGGGCUGGGCUUCGCCGAGCUGCAGGACUUGUGCCGACAGCUCCACGCCCGCGUGGACAAGGUGGACGAAGAGAGAUACGACGUAGAGGCAAAGGUUACCAAGAACAUCACCGAGAUUGCAGACCUGACCCAGAAGAUCUUUGACCUGCGGGGCAAGUUUAAGCGACCCACCCUGCGGAGGGUGAGAAUCUCGGCAGACGCCAUGAUGCAGGCGCUGCUGGGGGCCCGGGCUAAGGAGACCUUGGACCUGCGGGCCCACCUGAAGCAGGUGAAGAAGGAAGACACGGAGAAGGAGAACCGGGAGGUGGGAGACUGGCGCAAGAACAUCGACCUGCUGAGCGGCAUGGAGGGUCGCAAGAAGAAGUUCGAGGGCUGAGCCCAGCCCGGCCCGGCCCGGCCCGCCCUGCUGAAUAAAGCUGUUCCGAACUGCA